AUGGGUGGAAUACUUUGUAAAAAUGGAGUCUUAUUUUGGAAAGCUUUAUCGGUUGAUUUAAAUGACCCAACAUUUAAGUCAGAUAUGGAUCUUGUGGAGUGUGGUUCAGGAAAAAUUCAUGAAUCUAUUGAUAAGCUACCAUCGUCUAAACAAAAUUUGAAAACACAUUCUAAAGAUGCACAAAGAUCUGAAUUAUCAACAUUUAAUUCUUCAAUAGGAGUGCUGCUUUCUUGUUUGGGUUGUGUCAUAGGAACAGGAAAUAUAUGGCGAUUUCCACGUAUUAUUGCCACAGCCAGUUAUUCUCAAGGAAGUUUAACAUUUCUAAUUGCUUGGGCAAUGUCAUUAUUUGUUUGGUCUCUACCAUUAAGUAUUGUUGAAUAUACACUGGGUCGAUUUACUCGAACAUCUCCACUCGGUGCAUUUCACAGAUUUUUGGGCGAUAAAUUGGUAUGGUUAGGAGGAUGGAUUGUUGCUGUAACUUAUAUGAUCACUGCUUACUUUUCAGUCAUUGUUGGUUGGUGUUUAUAUUAUUUCUACAAAUCUUGUGCAUUGUCAAGUUUGCCGCGAGAUGUAGAAACAAGUAUUAAAAUUUUCAAUGAGUUUGCACAGGAAUCUUACUGGCCUGUAUUAACUCAUACAUUAGCUGUUGUUAUUGUUGGUGGUUGUAUAUUUGGUGGUAUAAAAUGGAUUGAAAAAGCCAAUAUGGUAUUAGUACCUAUGUUAUUAGGUAUAUUAAUUUUCACAUUCGGAUGGUCAUUAACAAGAAAAUAUUCAGAAGUUGGUAUUACAUUUUUAUUUACUCCAUACUGGGGUAGUAUGUUUACUCCUAGUUUAUGGGUUGCUGCUGCUAGUCAAAAUGCGUUCGAUACCGGCGCAGCUAUGGCUUUAUUCAUUUCAUAUUCAUCGUAUUUUAGUCGGAAAAAUGGUGCUGUACGCCUCGGUACCAUGAUUCCACUAUGUAACAAUAUGGUCAGUUCAAUCAGCCAGUGA